CUUCACUUUUUCAGUACAGCGAGAUAGGCGCGUACUAUCUUCAAUCUAACAUCCCUGAUAUUUAUUGAUGAAGACUCAUUCCCUUCCGUGAUUUGUGAUAUGAAGACAGGAAAAACAUAUUAAAAGCUAAAAAGCAAUGUUUGGUUUGAAUUAGAUGAGAGAUAGCGAGAAAAUUUUCUGGUUGAAUAUUGAACUGCUGCACCCAAGGAGGUUGGAUGUCCUUGGUACGCAGGGUCACAGGCUCUGCUUGCCUCCGCUCACCGCAGCGGCGCACCUCCGGCCUCCACCCGACCUGGUACUGGUAGUGGUGGCGGUGGUUCUGUGAACAGUGCACAGUAAACAGUACCCACCGGUCCCCUGCUGGUGUCCAUCUCCACCCUUCACCUGUGCCUUCCUCAACAAGUGUGGACAAGAAAAGUGGCAGUGGUGUAGCCUGUGAUUGCCGCGCGGGAGGUAGGAAGGCGUGAUUCAGCUGCAGCGGGCCAGCGGCACGUCAGCCAAGGCCAUCAUCGCAGCCCUCCACAGGAGAAGCACCAACACUCACUCAGACCAGCCCAGCCCAGCCAGCGUCCAGUCUGCUGCCACCGCCACCCCCACUGAUGGCUGCCUGGCUGUCUGCCCUUUCCGAGGCUCCCUACAUGGGCAACCAGUGGCAGCAGCAGCAGCAGCAGUCAGCCUCAGGUGUGGGGAGGCACAGGUGUGGUGGCAAAGAUCACCAGGAGACAGGCAGCUCUGGCCACACAGGAGAGAGCAGGUUUGAGUGCCAGCAGUGUGAAGAAACUUUUACCACCAAACAAUGCCUCACCACACACAGCCUGACACACAGUGGUGUUAGGAAUUAUGAGUGUGGUGAGUGUGGGAAGAAAUUUAACCAAAAGUCUCACCUCACCACACACAGCCUGACACACAGUGAUGUUAAGAAUUAUGAGUGUGGUGACUGUGGGAAGAAAUUUGCCCAAAAGACUUAUCUCAACAGACACAGCCUGAUACACAGUGGUGUUAGGAAUUAUGAAUGUGGUGAGUGUGGGAGGAAAUUUACCCAAAAGUCUCACCUCACCACACACAGCCUGACUCACAGUGGUGUUAGAAAUUAUGAAUGUGGUGUGUGUGGGAAGAAAUUUACCGUAAAGGGUAACCUCACCACACAUUGGCUGACACACAGUGGUAUUAGGAAUUAUGAGUGUGGUGAGUGCGGGAAGAAAUUUACCCAAAAGGGUAACCUCACCACACAUAGGCUGACACACAGUAGUGUUAGGAAUUAUGAGUGUGGUGAGUGUGGGAAGAAAUUUACCCAAAGGUCUAACCUCAUCAAACACAGGAUGACACACAGUGGAGUUAGGAAUUAUGAGUGUGGUGAGUGUGGUAAGAAAUUUAGCCAGAGGUCUCACCUCACCAAACACAGCCUGACACACAGUGGUGUUAGGAAUGAUGAGUGUGGUGAGUGUAAGAAGAAAUUUACCCAAAAGUCUCACCUCACCACACACAGCCUGACACACAGUGGUGUUAGGAAUCAUGAGUGUGGUGAGUGUGGGAAGAAAUUUACCCUAAAUGGUAACCUCUCCACACAGCCUGACACACAGUGGUGUUAGGAAUUAUGAGUGUGGCAAAAGGUUUCCUACCAUUUCUCGUCUUAAUCAACACACCUUCAGACACACUGGGUUGAGGGAGUUCAAGUGUGAUGACUGUGGCAAGUGUUGAAUUCAAGACAAAGGUUGAGAUUGCCAGACAUGUGAAGGUCCACUUUUGAGGUGGUGUGUUGUGUGGGUGGGUGGGGCCACAGCCGUGCCUGUGGUGGCGGUUGUGUCUGUGUGUGCUGUGAGGGAGUAAUGAGAGCAGCAGUUGUUCUGUGUGAGGAGUGACGGCCGCAGCAAUUGUUUUGUUGGUGGCGUAGGUGUGCCUUUCAAUAAAUGUGUGUGUGUGUGUAACAUGGUG